GUAGGAUGGGACUAGUAGCCAGAGAUCCGUGCAUGCCUGACCGCUAGUCUACUUCCUGGAUGGCAGAAUGGGACCACUUUUCUUCGCAUUGUGCAUUGCCCUUCGUCACGCUGCCGCCGCGGAUAAUCACUUAACAAUGACCACGUGUAAUCAAUGAUAUUCGACCACUUUUUCCUGUAGUUAAAGGCAGCGACUGAUCGCCGAUUGACCCCCCUGCACACUUCGGGAAUGUCGCUAUCUGGAAGCCCGCUACAGGCACGGCGUAGUCCCACAGAUUUUCAACUGUUUUUGCACGGCGUAACGUGCUUUUCCUGGAAGCUGAAAACAGCCCCUGCUGGGUCUGGAGGCGAAUAAAUCUCUCUUUUUUUUUUGAAAAACAGUGACUCUGUCUGUCGCCUAAAAAAAAAAAAACCCUAACCCGUUUUUUUUUUACUUUGAUGCUCUCUGCCUGGCUGCAGAGCACAACUUGGUUUUCAGCUCGGGUCGUGUGUAUGUGAUUUUUUUUUUUUUUUUUUUUUAAAGAAGAAGAAGAAGAAGAAAAAAAAAAUCAGAAACUUUGUCACCCAUUGCCUUCUUGGUACUCUCGAUGAGUAGCCUAACAUGCGGAGAAUACGGGAACCGAGUUACUGGUGGAUUUUAUCCUUAAUGUUUUUAACCUUGCCCAAACACAAAGACUGUCAUCCCGUUGCAUCGGCUGGCCUACCUCACCAUGCCGGCGACGGGCACCAAAAGAGCACAGGAGCAAUGAGGGAGAGGAGGGCAUCGGGUGACCCUUACUGGUCCUAUUCAGGAAGCCAUGGACCUCGAGGCUGGGAUGCCUCAUACCCAGAAUGUGGAGCGAAGAACCAAUCACCUGUGAACAUUGCAGAUGAACAAACUCUGGUUUCAGAGGAAUAUCAGGAGCUCGUGCUGGAGAAGUUUACCGCUGAGUCAUCCAACCAGACCACCAUGAAAAACACUGGAAAGACAGUUGCUGUUCUCCUGAAGGAUGACUACUUUGUAAGAGGGGCUGGGCUACCGGGCCGUUUUAAGGCUGAGAAGAUGGAGUUUCACUGGGGCCAGAGUAAUGGAUCAGCAGGCUCAGAACACAGCGUAAAUGGCAGACGGUUCCCUGUGGAGAUGCAGAUCUACCUUUACAACUCCGAUGACUUUGACAGCCUCAGCGCUGCCAUCAAGGAAAGACGCAUCAUCGCUGCUAUGGCCGUCUUCUUUGAGCUGGGGCAAAAAGACAAUCCUGCCGUGGAGCCCAUCAUCCAGGGAUUGAAAGGAGUGGUGCAUCAUGAAAAGGAGACCCACCUCCGGUCGUUCAUCCUGAGGGACCUUCUGCCAUCGUCGGUGGACAGUUAUUACCGAUACACGGGCUCUCUAACCACCCCGCCCUGCAGCAAGGUCGUGGAGUGGAUCAUCUUCUCCAGGCCAGUGUAUCUGUCCCACUCACAGCUGGAGUUCUUUUACCACAUCUUCACAACAGAGCAACAGGACCACGUCAAGUCUGUGGACUACUUGAGGAACAACUUUCGGCACCUGCAGAACCUCGACAACAGGAAGGUCUAUAAGUCUGCCGUAAAAGACGCAUGGCAGAGAGAUUUGACUGAGAUUAUGGAAAGCCCUCACGGCACUGAGUCUUCAAGAGUGUGCAGCAGCGCCCCAGUGAGCAUGAAGAUCAAGCCGCUGAACCAGACGGCAUUGAUGGUGAGCUGGGAACGGCCUCUGACCGACUACCACCCCCCCAUCACCAGCUACAUGGUGUCCUACAGCUGGGUGAAACGAGAUGUCGCUGAUGAAAAGACCUUCACCAAGACAGGAGACCAGAGCAUGAAAGCAGUCAUCACUAAUGUGUCCCCUGACGUGCUGUACCUGUUCAGGGUGCAGGCUGUGUGUCAGCACGACCUGCGCAGCGAUUUCAGUCAAACGCUGCUUUUCAGAGCUAAUACCACGAGAAUAUUUGAAGGGUCUCGUAUUGUAAAGACUGGGAUGCCAACAAUUUCUCCUGCGUCCUCAGCCGACAUGGCUCCCAUCAGCUCGGGUUCCUCCACUUGGACGUCCUCUGGCAUCCACUUCUCCAUCGUCUCCAUGGCAACAGGCAUGGGCCCCUCCUCAAGCGGCAGCCAGGCCACUGUAGCAUCGGUGGUGACCAGCACCUUGCUGGCAGGCUUGGGCGUGAGUGGAGGGGUCCUCUCUUCUCUGCCCAGCUCUGCGUGGCCCACACAAGCACCCAAAGCAACGCAGAACCCCACCCGUCCAUCAGCCCCGCCAGAGAAGUCCAGCACAGAGCAGGGGCCGCUUCGCGCUUCUGAGACGGACGCCCCGUCUGAGGAGAGCAAGGCCAAACGUGAGGGCGAAGAGUCGGAGAAGGAGGAGGAGGAGGGAGAGGGAGAGCAGGAGGAGGGAGAGGAUGAGAAGAAGACAAAGAGCAAAACUGGGCCUCAUAAUGAGGAGAAGCAGGCGAACAGCACUGUGGCCAAAGAGCCUUUUAUACCCACCCCUGCGUCUACAGCCAAAGAGAAAGGAGAGGGGAACUCUACGGUCAGAGGCAGCACAGCACCUGAAAGCACUGCAGAUGACCAGUUAGUAAACGUAGAGAAUAAUCACACAGAUAUAAAUGCAGUCUCCACUCAGGAGCCUCAAAACGACAGCGCAGAGAUGCAGAUUCCCCGGAGCUCCACACUGUCUCCAAAGAUCAACAGGGACGAUAAGAGUAACUGGCCUUUUUCUGUCCACACUGACGGGACCAUCUUGUCCAACGUGACCCGCAGCCCUCAACAGGGGAUGGGCCGGAUGGUGUGGAUCGUCCCCCUGGUGGUGGUGUCUGCUCUCACGCUGCUCUGCCUCAUCAUGCUGCUGAUUGUGAUGGUCUACUGGAGGAGAUUUUUCCAGACAGCUCACUUCUAUGUGGAGGAGAGCAGCUCUCCACGAGUGGUGGCCAAUGAGAAUAUACCGGUCAUCCCGAUACCAGAUGACAUGGAGGCCAUCCCUGUGAAGCACUUUGUAAAACACAUCAUGGAGCUUUACAAGAACAACCUGCAGGGUUUUUCUGAAGAGUUUGAGGAGGUCCAACGCUCAACAGCAGAUCUGAAAAUCACAGCAGAGCAUUCCAACCAUCCUGAUAACAAGCACAAAAACAGAUACAUCAACAUCGUGGCAUAUGACCACAGCAGGGUGAAACUACGAGCUCUGGCGGGGAAAGAUGCCAAACAUUCGGAUUACAUGAACGCCAACUAUGUGGAUGGCUACAACCGUCCCCGAGCGUAUAUAGCUGCUCAGGGUCCACUAAAGUCCACCUUCGAGGACUUCUGGAGGAUGGUGUGGGAACAGAACACUGGAAUCAUCAUCAUGAUCACCAACCUGGUGGAGAAAGGCAGAAGAAAAUGUGAUCAGUACUGGCCGAUGGAGAACAGCGAGCAGUAUGGGAACAUUGUGGUGACGCUGAAAAGCACCAAAGUGCACGCCUGCUACACACAUCGGCGUUUCCACAUAAGGAACACUAAAGUAAAAAAGGGUCAGAAGGGAAACCCCAAAUGGAAGCUAAACGAGCGCAUCGUGGUGCAGUAUCACUACACUCAGUGGCCUGACAUGGGGGUACCAGAGUACACCCUCCCUGUCCUCACCUUCAUCAACCGCUCGUCAGCAGCUCGCACUGCAGACAUGGGCCCUGUCCUGGUGCACUGCAGCGCCGGGGUCGGGCGCACAGGAACUUACAUCGUCAUUGACAGCAUGCUGCAACAGAUCAAGGACAAAAGCACAGUCAGCGUCCUGGAUUUUCUCAAACAUAUCCGCACACAACGCAACUACCUAGUUCAGACCGAGGAGCAGUAUGUUUUCAUCCAUGAUGCUCUGAUGGAGGACAUCCUGAGCAGAGAGACAGAGGUGCCAGCCUGGCAGCUACACAGUUAUGUCAACAGCAUCCUCACACCAAACUCUGCCGGACGCACGCAGCUGGAGAAGCAGUUCAGGCUGCUGACUCAGUGCAACACACGCUUUGUGGAGUGCUUCAGUGCCCACAAAGACAGCAACAAGGAGAAAAACCGCAAUUCCUCAGUGGUUCCCUCGGAGCGAGCACGGGUCGGACUCACCACUCUGCCAGGCAUGAAGGGAACAGAUUACAUUAAUGCAUCCUACAUAAUGGGUUACUUCAGGAGUAACGAGUUCAUCAUUACCCAGCAUCCUUUGCCCCACACCACCACAGACUUCUGGAGGAUGAUCUGGGACCAUAAUGCUCAGAUUAUAGUCAUGCUGCCUGACAACCUGGGACUGGCUGAGGAUGAGUUUGUUUACUGGCCAAGUCGGGAAGAAGCCAUGAACUGCAUCGCCUUCACUGUCACACUCAUCAGUAAGGACAGACUGUGCCUCUCCAACGAGGAGCAGAUCAUCAUCCAUGACUUCAUCCUCGAGGCCACCCAGGAUGACUACGUUCUGGAGGUGAGACACUUUCAAUGCCCUAAAUGGCCGAACCCCGACGCUCCGCUCAGCAGCGCCUUCGAGCUCAUCAGUGUCAUCAAGGAGGAGGCCAUGACCAGAGACGGCCCCACCAUCGUGCACGAUGAGUAUGGAGCUGUGUCAGCCGGCAUGCUCUGUGCUCUCACCACGCUGUCCCAGCAGCUGGAGAACGAGGGCGUCGUCGACAUCUACCAGGUGGCGAAGAUGAUCAAUCUCAUGAGGCCGGGAGUCUUCACUGACAUAGAGCAGUACCAGUACCUUUACAAAGCCAUGCUCAGCCUGGUCGGUAACAGGGAGUGCAGCCUGAGCCCCAUGCACAUGGACACUAAUGGGGUGGUGGUGAUUGCGGAUGAGUCGGACCCUGCAGAGAGCAUGGAGUCACUAGUCUAAAGACUUUCUCACAGGCACUUAAUUUGUAAAAAAAAAAACAAACAAAAAAAAACUCGAACUUUUCUGAGGCCUUUUUUUUGCCAGACUAUUGAUUAAUGAAUAACCUUAUUACUUUUUAUACUGAUAAAAGUUUUUUGAUAUUUAUGUUUUUGUCCUUUAUUCUCUUGUCUUAUUUUGUUAUCCUGCUGAGCGUUUGCACCUGUUUUAAGUUGACGUGAGGAAAAAAGCAGCUCUGUCCAGUUUGCACUAUACUAUCAGUGUUACUGCCUAAAUCCAGUGAGUGAAAAAAAGAAAAACAUCCUGGCAUCACAACACAUCCGGAAUCUAUCCAACCGCGUCAGGACAGACACCUGAAGCAUGAAGACCAGGAGGACUUCAGGCGAUCCACUUCUUAUGUGUCAAAAGAAAACAUCACAUCACGACGUAGCCCAGCAUGCAUUGAGUCACUUUGUCACCUUGAUCAAACUGUAUUGAGGCUCCGCCCACAUGGGGGUCAAAGCUCUUAAUCACAUGCUAAGAGACGAUUACCUGCCUAUUAUUCAUAUAUUGUCCAAAUAUCUCACUGCUGUCUCGUAUAAUGUACUUAUUGCUUAUUUUGGUUGUGUUACAACAUCUAAUGUGAACCUUUAUUGCUUUUUACAGGGAUUUAUAGUGUUCUAUUGUUUUGUAAUAUAUACGUAUAUAUAUUAUAUCCUUCAUAGCCAGCAUAUAUUGUUCUUGUUUAGGAUUUUGCUUCUAUGUCCAAUGGCCAUGGUGAAAUUAAUUUGUUUUUAUUUUGCAUUAUGUAACUUGUUAUAAUUUAUCUACCGUACAUAGCUCAGUUAUUUCCUUCCUUUUUAUUUUUCCAGCUUUUCCAACUCCAGCUGUCAAAGCUCAACUGUUACCACAUGUAAUGGUUCUAUCUGUAGUGACACAGGACAACGUCUACAAGAACUAUUCACCCGACACAAACCUCUCUGUCAUAUUGAAUUGCAUUAUGAAAACACAUUGGAUGUAAUUUGAUUUACUUUUUGGCACAUAAAUAAAAUAACCUUUCAAUUUGAAUGUGGAGACAAAUUGAUUAAACUGACAAAGCUCCAAGUGGACACAACAUUGAUUGGACAAGUAUUCACCCCCCGCCCCCUCUUUAUGACAAUAUUUAUAAACAAAGUACAAAGGCUUUGCUUUCUGUUCAUGACGAAAGCUUUGUUCAUCGGGACCCAUUUGCAGUUUCUCCUGUUGCUCUACCAGAGUUCAGUGAGAUUGUGAGUGCAAAGCGAAGUCCUUCAACUCAUUCUGAACCUGAGACUGAGAUUUAGAAAUGUGACUCAGCCACUCCCAAUACUUUUUUAAAUACAGUCUUAUGUAGCUUUGGCUUUUUAUUUUAUCACUAAAUUGCUGAAAUCUUUUUUUGACUGAGCCAGAAUCCUCCACAGAAGUAUUUUUGGAUGAUUUGACCAUAAACCUUUGGCUAUGUCACAGACUUUCCCUGCAUGAUUUUAUUUUCACCAGAGGCUUGUUCUUUGAGACUGGUUAAAUGUCUCCAAUCUCAGCAAUGACACCCUGCAGCUUCUUCAGGGCGCCCUCACCCUCUCUGUAGUCUCUCUUCUGACCUCGCCACAGUUUUAAACACUGUUUUUUCAGCCUGAGCCGCUCUAGGCAGAUUUUAAAGCUGUGCUUUAUUCCUUCCAUUUUUAUUAUUGUACUAGGGAGAUCCAGUGCCUUGGAAAUGUUCUCAAAUCCUUCUUGUGAUCAGUUAUUUUCACUGAUGUCUGAUAUCCUUUGCUUUCAUAAGGCGGUUUUGCCGAGAAAUGCAGCCCAUUAAACAGCAGUCAGACUUGUAUUCAGAUACAACGAAUCAGUAGUCAAACACAAAUCACACACGUGAUCUCCAUCAAACGGAUUGUGUGAUGUGCAGAAUCAUUGACUUGAAUUUCAUACUAAGGAGAUGAAUUCUAAUGCAAUCAGUGUUUUUCUUCUAUUUCUUCUAAGUCUACAGUCGGUCUUUAAAAAGUCAAUUUUGUGUUGAUCAGUGUAAAAUCAUCAUAAAUACAUCCAUUGUGAUUCUUAAAUGUCAGGAAAGCAUGUAGAAAUCCAAAAGUGGUGAAUACUUCCUGUAGACACUGUUUUUCUUUUUGGUUGGAUUGAUGCUUUAUUUGUAACCAAAGAUGUGGUUCCGGUUUGUACCUGAUGGUUUUUGGCCAGAGAAUUAUAAAAUCACUUUUUGAAAUUUGAAAGCAAAGUGUAAAGCCUUGCCGUACAGAUUACCAGUGACGGUACGUUUCUGACUUCACCCUCAGAAACUCACCUUACUGUUGAAUGUCAGCACACACAAGGCUUUCCUCACCAUAGACGACAAGAUUUAAAGUGCAGACUGUAACCUUUUUCUCUUUAUUUGGCCCCAUAUUCUGUCUCUGCACUAUUUUGUGGCUAACAAUUAUGAGUGCUUUUCAAAGAUCCCUCUUUAUUGAUACUUGUACAUCUUCAAACCUUAUUUUUUUCUGUGAAUAUCCCCUGCUCUGACAGAGGGGAGUUUGCUGAAUUCAGUAAAAACCUCUCCAACAUUUGGAGAAAAGUCCAGAUUUUAUGAUCACUCUGCUCUGCAACUUCGCUUCCUUUGCAACAUUUUCUUCUUCUUUCUUCUAUCGAAUGAAUGCUAAUGGUCCUCUCUGUUUGAUAUUUCUAUGCUCAUUGAAAACACGAGUGCUGUGUCUGAACACAUUUACUUUGAAAAUGACAUUUCUUCUGACUUUAAUGUAAUCUUUGUGAUCACAGAAGUGUAUAUUUUUUAUACAAGAUUUGGUUUGUAUAGUGCCCCUGUAACAGAUUGUACUUUGGUGGGAAAUGUAUUAUCAAGAGAUCCACAAAAAUCCCACUUAGUCUUACUUGCACCUGUAAGGUCCAUACUGACAUUUAAAGCAGAUUUUCUUGAGAUGAGAUCUUCUGUCCAGGGAUGCAGUGUGUCAGCCUCAGUGCAUUUCCGCCAGGUUGGUAGUUAAGUCUAUUUUGUAAUUUAAAGAAAACAAGAAAUGGUUUUGUCCAUAAUAUCAAGUUUAUAUGAUAGUAUCAUAGCCAUACAUUUCUAUGAUGCUGUCAUAUACACUAUCUCUAGUGUAAUAGUGUUAUUUAAUAGGUAAUUGUAUUGCUAUAUAUUAAAUAAAGUUUGGGUUUGGGUGCACAGCC